AUGGAACCUCCUACCUUAUAUGAGGUUAGGAAGGCGAAUUCUAAACUGAAGGCUGGGAAAGCUGUGGGCCUAUACGAAAUCCCUAGUGAACUACUAAAGUCUAAUGGCAUAGGGCUUGCAUCCCGUCCUUGCUGCCAUCUGGCAGUCCUGUUGAGAGGGUUUACUCCUGGCAAGGCCACAAUAGACAGUAUCCUAACGGUUCGAGUCAUUGUUGAAUGCCAUCAUGGGUUUGGCAGUGGGUUGCUUGCAGCCUACAUCGACCUCAAGAAAGCAUUUGAUUCAAAGCAUCACAAAUUGCUAUGGGAGAUCCUGAAAAUUCCGACGCGGAUUAUUAGUUUGAUAGCAAACCUAUAUAAUGGUAUUGAAAGUGCUAGUCACUGUGAAGCCAUACUAGGCAGUACCAAUGUCAUGAACCUCGACGAUAUUGCUAUCCUAUCUAAGUCUCUGGAACCUUUGAUGGCAGCUCUUGAUGCCUUCAGCAAUGAGGUGAAGCCCUUGGGCCUAGAGGAUUCCAGGUGCAAGAUCAAGAUCCAGGACUUUGGGGGCAUGUUAGAGUUAUACUUGUGGAGAGGAAGUUGA